AUGUUUUUGACAAAUCGUCGUUUUAGUAAUGCAGAAAGCAUAUACUGGCCAGUUUUUGUCAUUGCAACUUUAGCUGCUAUCGUUGCAAGUCAAGCAACCAUUUCUGCUACAUUUUCGAUAAUCAAGCAAGCUCUGGCACUAGGCUGUAUUCCAAGAGUUAAGGUUGUACAUACGUCAAAGAAGUUCCUUGGGCAGAUUUAUAUUCCUGAUAUAAAUUGGAUACUUAUGAUUCUUUGCAUCGGUGUCACUGCUGGAUUCAGAAAUCAAAGUCAAAUUGGCAACGCAUACGGAACGGCAGUCGUGAUAGUCAUGUUGGUGACCACGCUCCUCAUGACCUUGAUAAUGUUACUAGUUUGGCGCUGCCAUUGGGUUCUUGUCCUUAUCUUCACUGUCUUAUCUGUGGUGGUUGAAUGUACCUACUUCUCUGCUGUGUUAUUUAAGGUUGAUCAGGGUGGUUGGGUUCCGCUUGUGAUUGCUGCAGCUUUUCUUGUCAUCAUGUAUGUCUGGCAUUAUGGAACUGUGAAACGAUAUGCAUUUGAGAUGCACAGCAAGGUGUCAAUGGCAUGGAUUCUUGGGCUGGGCCCCAGUUUAGGACUUGUACGUGUACCGGGGAUAGGACUUGUCUACACCGAGCUGGCUAGUGGGGUGCCACACAUCUUUUCUCACUUCAUUACAAAUCUGCCAGCUAUACAUUCAGUUGUGGUAUUUGUCUGUGUGAAGUAUCUUCCAGUUUACACAGUUCCAGAAGAUGAGAGGUUCCUCGUGAAACGCAUAGGACCCAAGUCUUUUCACAUGUUCCGCUGUGUUGCAAGGUAUGGUUACAAAGACCUCCAUAAGAAAGAUGAGGAGUUCGAGAGAAAGCUAUUUGAUAACCUCUUCCUUUUUGUUCGGCUGGAGAAUAUGAUGGAAGGCUGCUCUGACUCCGACGAAUACAGCUUAUACGGACAGCAAACACAGAAUUCAAUGGAUUAUUUAGUGCGAAAUAGCGGCAACUCAACUACAGGAAAUAAUGACUUUACAUGUUCGACGGUGGAAUCAAUAGUACCUGUGAAAUCUCCCACUCAAGGNUUACACAUAAGAAAUCUAAAAAUGAUACUUUUUUAA